GCACUGUUUACCACUGGCCGAAGACAUACGAGAAAGAGUUUCGUUGACCUUGCACCGCCACGGAUCGCGAUGGGUUACUGGGAUGUUCCAGAGGGGACAGACUGCGUGGAGAAGACAUGGAUCGUCACUAAACUGAGCACAGCUCUGGGUCUGAUCGGCUCAGCCUAUCACAUUUUGGCAUUUCAACCUGAUACUGCAUUGGAAGCAGUGCAGAGGGCUGCCGGUGCAACGGUUACAAUGGCCUCUGUGGGAGCCAUCUUCGGAAUGACAACAUGUCUCACUGCUCAGGCCCGAGAGGCUCCAGAUGACCCACUGAAUUAUUUUGUCGGCGGCUGCGCCUCGGGCAUCUUCCUGGGAGCCAGGACCCACAAUGCUAUGACUGGUACAACAGGCUGCCUGGCUCUUGGAACGCUGGCCUUUUUUACUAAAGUUGGCAAAAUGGAAGGAUGGAAGCUCACCGGAUCGCCCAAAGUGUAGGAAGGAGACUUUAACAUUAAAUAUUGUAAAAAGACGUCAUGUAAUAAAAUGCUUGUGAAAGUAAA